AUGGCCUGGCCUUGGUUACUGCCUUUCGGCCUCUUUUUCGUUGCCUCUGUUGCUCAAGCUGCUGUUGUGGAGCACACCUUCAAUGUCGGGAACCUGUCUAUAAGCCAGCUGUGCCAGCCGGCGAGGAUCAUCACGGCGGUGAAUGGGCGGCUCCCCGGCCCGACCGUCGAGGCCCGGGAGGGCGACACGGUGGUUGUUCACCUCGUCAACGAGUCGCCCUACAACAUGACCAUCCACUGGCAUGGCGUGUUCCAGCGCGGCUCGCCGUGGGCGGACGGGCCGGCGAUGGUGACGCAGUGCCCCGUCCAGCCGGGCGCCAACUACACGUAUCGCUUCAACGUGACGGACCAGGAGGGCACGCUGUGGUGGCACGCCCACAUCUCCUUCCUCCGCGCCACCGUCUACGGCGCGCUCGUCAUCCGCCCCCGCGGCGGCGCCGGCGCCUACCCCUUCUCCCCCAAGCCCCACAGGGAGGAUACCGUCAUCCUCGGCGAGUGGUGGAACGCCAACGUCUACGAUCUGCAGCAGCAGGUGUUCCUCACGGGGGACACGACGAGGAUGCCGCCUGCCGACGCCUACACCAUCAACGGCAAGCCGGGAGACUUGUACAACUGCUCCGCCGCUAACCAGACUUACAAGUUCCCGGUGCGGAGCAACGAGACGUACCUGCUCCGGAUCAUCAACGCCGCGCUCAACACGCCCAUGUUCUUCAAGGUGGCGAACCACACCUUCACCGUCGUCGGCGCGGACGCCGCCUACACCACGCCGUACGAGACCGACGUGGUGGUGAUCGCGCCCGGGCAGACCGUGGACGCGCUCAUGGUCGCGGGCGCCGCCGUCGGGCGCUACUACAUGGCGGCAUCCCCGUACGACAGCGCCAUCCCGCAGGGGCCGCCAUUCAGCAUGACCAACGGCACGGCCAUCGUCGAGUACGCUGGCUCGGCUGGGGAGGAGAAGCCGCAGCUGCCGCCGCGGACGGAGUACAACGACACGGACACGGCCUUCCGGUUCCUCUCCAACCUGACGGCGCUGGUGCUCCCCGGCAAACCGACGGUGCCGCUGUCCGUGGACACCCGCAUGUUCGUCACCGUCGGGCUCGGCAACGGCGACUGCCAGCCAAAGCAGACGCUGUGCAACACUACGGGGACGCGUUCCCGCAUCUUCUCGGCGAGCAUGAACAACGCGUCCUUCCUUCUCCCCGACGCCGUCUCCAUGCUCCAGGCGCACUACUACGGGGACGCCGCGUCGGCCGGCGUCUACACCCGCGACUUUCCCGACUGGCCGCCGGUCAUCUUCGACUACACCGCGGACGCCAGCGACAACGACACGCUCAAGUACACGACCAAGUCCACCAAGGUGAGGACGCUGCGGUACAACGAGACGGUGGAGAUGGUGCUGCAGAACACGCGGCUGAUUGGCAAGGAGAGCCACCCCAUGCACCUCCACGGCUUCAACUUCUUCGUGCUCGCCCAGGGCUUCGGCAACUACGACGAGGCCGCGGCGGCGCCGCGGUUCAACCUCGUCAACCCGCAGGAGCGCAACACCGUCGCCGUCCCCACCGGCGGCUGGGCCGUCAUCCGCUUCGUCGCAAACAACCCUGGGAUGUGGUUCAUGCACUGCCACUUCGACGCCCACCUUGAUCUGGGGCUGGCAAUGGUGUUCGAGGUUCAGGACGGGCCGACGGCGGAGACAUCGGUGCCGCCGCCGCCAUUGGACCUACCUCAGUGCUAA